AUGGAGAACAAGUCCUCCGGCCCGGGGAACCUGUCCCACGUGGACCCCACAGGCUCCAGCAUGGACGAGCUGAUCAUCACCGGCACCUUUGGGACUCUCCUGUCUCUGAUGUACGUGGCUGGGGUGGCAGGGAAUGUCUACACCCUGGUGGUCAUGUGCCACUCAAUGAGGUAUGCGGCCAAUAUGUACAUUUCCAUCAUCAACCUGGCCCUGGCAGACCUCCUCUACCUGUCCAGCAUCCCCUUCAUUGUGUGCACCUACUUUGUCAAGGACUGGUAUUUUGGGGACAUUGGGUGCAGGAUUCUCCUCAGCCUGGACCUUCUCACCAUGCAUGCCAGCAUCUUCACCCUCACUGUCAUGUGCACCGAGAGGUACAUGGCGGUCACCAAACCCCUGGACACAAUUAGGAGGUCCAAGAGCUACAGGAAGGGCAUGGCUGUGGCUGUGUGGUCCUUGUCCUUCCUCCUGACUCUGCCCAUGAUGAUCAUGGUGACCUUAACAGAGGGAAAGGGUAAAGGUGUAAAGAGGAUGUGUGCCCCAACUUGGAGCCUUGCAGCCUACAGGAUCUACCUGACUGUCCUGUUCAGCACCAGCAUCAUGGCCCCAGGAUUGAUCAUUGGCUACCUGUACACCAGGUUGGCCAGGACUUACCUGGAGUCCCAGAGGAACCCAGUGAACAAAAAGGAGAACAAGAGAUCUCCCAAGCAGAAGGUCCUCAUCAUGAUCUUCAGCAUUGUCCUGGUCUUCUGGGCUUGCUUCCUACCCUUCUGGAUCUGGCAGCUGGUCAGACUUUAUGAUGUGACCCCCCAGCUCUCUUCCCAGACCCAAAAGUGCAUUAAUUACCUGGUCACCUGCCUGACGUACAGCAACAGCUGCAUUAACCCCUUCCUGUACACCUUACUCACCAAGAACUACAGAGAGUACUUGAGAAACAGGCACAAGAAGUUUUACAGGUUCACCUCUGCCUUCAAGAAGAGAGGGGCCACCUUGCAGUGCUCCUCGUGGGGUCGCUCAAUGUCCUCCAGCAACCACUAUGACUUUGCCUCGGAGUCGAUUAUCAUGACAGGUGUCAGGGAGAUUAAAUGA